CAACAACAUCAUCGAAUCUCAGACAUACACGGCUCUCUCCCUCCAUAUUUCUCUCUCUACAUAUUUCUCUCUCUUGUUCUUCAAUGGCGCUUCGAAGAAUGUUAACGAAGCGUCCUUUCAACAGGAACAGAGAGCAUUCUUCACUUGUAACACUAGAACUCUCGCCGAUUUGGUCUCCAUAUAUACCAAAAACCGUAGUCCCUUCAACUGUUGCCAACACAAACUUCUACCGCCAGUUCACCAAGUCGCCGGAUUCAGCCGAGAACAGUUUUCUCCGCCGCUUCCUCCAGCGGAGAGGGAUAAACCAGGCGGCGAGGCUCCCGGAGUUCCUAUCCAUUCCGGUAGGGGACAAGCUGAAGGAGACGCUGAGGUCGAUGAACGUGACCCGAGACCGUCUCCGGCUGGACGGACUGAAUCCUCCUCCUCCGGCGACGCAACCGGCCGAUUAUCCAGCUGGAAUAUCGGUUCUCGAAGCGAGGAAGAUCCUUAGGGCUUCGCAGUUGGAGAAGGUGAAAACGAAGCUGAGACAGAUUCCGAUCAACUCGAUUUCGUACACGGAGUUCGUUCAGAUCUGCGUCGACUGUUGCUCAAACCGUGAACAAGGUCUUGAGUUUUCCAAAAUGCUGGAUGACUCCGGAAACGUCAUCGUUUUGGGAAAUAUCGUGUUUCUCCGCCCGGAGCAGGUGGCCAAAUCAAUGGAGAAACUAGUUUGUGAAUCCAUAGGCCUCCCAAACGACCCAAGAAGAAAAGAACUGGACCAGAUGGAGAAGCAAAAGGCCGUAAUUGACCAAAAAGCAGAGUCACUGGUCCGAGGAGAGCUCUACGGUGGGCUGGGUUUUCUGGUCCUCCAAACACUGGGCUUCAUGAGGCUCACUUUCUGGGAACUCAGUUGGGACGUGAUGGAGCCCAUUUGCUUCUUCGUCACCUCACUCCACUUUGCUCUUGCCUACGGUUUCUUCCUCAGAACAUCCAGAGAACCCUCCUUCGAGGGCUAUUUCCAACGCCGAUUCAGGUCCAAGCAAAAGAAGCUCAUGGAGAUUCACAAUUUCGAUGUCAAGAAGUACGACGAGCUUUGCCAAGCUUUUUAUCCGAAUUACUGCAACCCUACAAAUUUGGAACAUUUUCCGGUGUCCAAUCAUGCCGGAAGGGUAGUUUCCGACGCCAUGUAUUAGGGAAAUUCCGGCGUCCGGUCUAGCGGGAAGGGCAAUUUUUGGUGCCUUGCAUCUCGCUAGUAGCAUAUAGUAGAAAAUAUGAAGAAGUAAAUUUAAUUAGAGAGAAAAGUAGUUGUAAGUUUUUGAAGCUCUUUUUAGGUUCAUGACUGUUUUAUUAUGUAACGACUUUUGACUAUAGGACAAACUUCACAAUGAAAGACUUGAUGGGUGUACAAGUUUAUCGCCAAAAGUAAUAAAUUAAUGUGUGUACAAGUAAUGGUAGACAUUGUGAAAAUGUUUUUGUGGUAUUAGUACAAAUUUUAUCAUAUACUUGGAGUUAGUACAAAUUUUAUCAUAUACUUGGAGUUAGUUUAGUGUGGUAGAAUGAAUUAGAAUGGAAUGAGAAUGGAGGUGGGAAUAAAAUGAGAAGAAAAAGAAAUGGUCAUUCAUUUUGUUUAAAAGUGGAAUGAUUUUGAUGGAAUGGACAUUUUUUAAGAAUAGUGGGGAAUGAUGAUUCCAACUUUAAAAUUGGCAUCAAACACGAGAAUGAAAAAAAAUAAAAAAAAAAUAAAAAAAAAAAAAAAAAA